AUGCUAAGUGCCUGUGGCAUUCAAUACUUCUGGGCUGACCAUGGUUCUAGUGGGCGCUCGGAGGGGGUCUCCCCAGUGAACAUUUCCCUCACAGCGAAGUUUAAGACUGAGCCUGAGGACUUUGUUGUUGUGGAGAUUGAUCCUACAGGGCAGCGUACUGAUCAUGAAAAUUAUCGAUUCAUUAAUCCAUUAGCAGCGAAUGGAGCAGGUAGUAGCACUGACAUUAAAGAGGAUGAGACCGCUUUUGUUGGCUCAGGAGGUCACGACGAAGAAAAUGCUGAGGAGAUACUCAUCAGAGGCCAACUUCAUAGCACUGAUUAUGACAGUAUUGGUGUUGAUGAGGCAACCACAUCUCAGUCUCCAUUGUCGUGCCGUGUCAUUUCAGUCCUUCAAGAGCUUGAGACGCUUAUCCAAAGAGAUCACUGUGAGGCGUUUAUGAUGGCAAAACGUGCUGAGUGCUUGACUCUUGAAGAAGUUCCCUUUUUAAUCGAGUACAUAAAGGUAGGACACCCAAGUUCAACAACGCGCUGGUGGGAAAAGGAGUGGACAUUGAGUAUUCCAGGAUCCCAUUCGUUGGACAAGACGGAGCGUCGUGUACUCCACCACUCCAUUCGCUCACGCUUUCUACACAUUCGCUCCCGAAUUUGGUCUGCGUCCUGUACUUCUACUGCACCGCCAUCUGCUCAUUUGCCAAGCGAAGCAGGUGUCCUGCGAGAGCGUGAGGACAGUAGUUUGCAGACUUCACAUAUCUUUGUGGGGCUUGAUCCCCAUUACAUAUUCUUCACGUUUUUAUUUGGGCGUAAAGUAGCCGAAACGCUGGUAGAAUGGGCUCAGAUACAUCAUCAAGACUCACUCAAUUUAGUAUCCCCCGAUGUAAAGGAGGAGUGGCAGGUAAUAGAACAACAUCUUCGUGUUAAACAAGAAGCAUUGUCCUGUCAUGCCUCAACAGCUUCGUCGUCUUUUUUCUCUCCUGAGGUGGGGACUUCUUUCCAAGCACACUUUCGAAGCUCUCUUUUCUCUCCGGGUGACGACAGGGGUACCGGCGAGAAUCAAACGGAUAUCAAUGCGAAUAGAAUGUCGGAAAAGGAUGUUCGUCGAUCAUUUCACGACCUCCUCCGAAGGUUUUAUCCAUUUAUUAAAUGUUACGUGUCUAAUGGAAAAUUUACGUUUAAAAUGCUCUCGAAACAACGAUCAAAUGAGUGGAAGCGACCCCGAUCAUUAGUGCCUGAUGAGGCGGGGGAAGAAGAGGAGGGCCGAUCAUGUCAGCGCAUUCGUACCGACGAAAUGUUCUGUUUCCCGAAUGGGAACCACCUCACACAGAAGGCAUACACCUACUUUGUUGUUUUUAAACGCAAUCUCGAUGUGAUAGAGAUGAAACAACUGAUAGCAGGAUACUUUUCUGUUUCCAGAUCGAGUGUCUGCACUGCAGGUCUCAAGGAUAAGAAGGCUGUAACCUACCAACGCGUCUCGAUACCGGGUUGGUACCCCGAUCUUCUUUUGCCUCAGGAAGCCCAGGCAAAAAUGCAAGGAGUGGUGCUCCCCUGGCCGAGCGACCCACAGCGGAGCUACGCGCGGAUCCAUCACGUCGUGCCGAAGCCUUAUCCUGUACCACUCCAGAUUGGACAGCUCCGUGGGAAUUAUUUCAUGAUUCGCUUAAGACAGGUAACACCCCUGCGCGAUGUUCGAGAUAUGACUGCUUUUGAACCUCACGGCGGCUCACAGCGCAUUCGGGAUCUGACCAUACAUACACUUCAGGAACGAUUUCAACGUGUCUGUGCGCGCGGAUUCAUUAAUUAUUUCGGACAGCAGCGCUUUAGUGAAUCGAUUACCGAUAUUCGGGAUCACACAGGACUGCAUCUGUUCGCAGGGCGGUGGGUAGAAGCUGUAAGGAGCCUCUAUCGCACCUGCCCGCAAGUGUAUGAAGGUUUUCCUGACACGAUGGAGGCGCGCCAUGUUCCCAAAAAUGCCAGGGAUGCACAGAUCAUGACCCAUGCCCUGUACCGAACCUAUCGUAUGUACUUCUCGGAACACACCCUGACUUGCGCGGCUGUACAAGAAAAGAGCGCACUAUGGUGCCGUAUAUGUGAUAAGGCCAUCACAGAGUCCGUACCUUUUGCGCUUCGCUCUAUGUGGGUUCAUGCAGCACAGAGUCUGUACUUUAACGUUGCUGCUUCUUACGUUGCCGAACAUUUUCUCAACGCACGACCAACGACUCACAGGACAACCGCCGCACCACUCAGCAGCGAUGAUAGCGUUUUUAAUGGGCGUGCAUUUCAAGAUUUGAAGCUGCCGCUUGGUGGGUACCGUAUCAAGAAAGGUGUCAGUGAUUCGAGAUGCGACAACUCUUUGCUAGUGGAAGCGCAACCCUUGUGGCUGGCAGAAGCCGAGAAGCAUGCUCUGGAGGUCUUGGGUCUCCCUCGGGAGGUUUUCUUCGGCCAGUCGAGGGUGGUUGGGGUUCCUGUACCUGGUUCUUGGCGACAACUGAUCGUCAUACCUCAGGACACACAGUUAGAAAUUAUCUCGCAGCCAACAUCCCCUGAAUUUUCGGAUUCUGAGAAUAUGGAUGCUGUAGUGUCCUUCAGCUUGCCGUCGUCUAGCUAUGCAACGAUAUGCUUACGCGAGAUUCUUCACAACGACAAUUGGCUUUGA